AUGUCUCAGCACCUCGACGAGUGCCUUGACUCCGUCACAGAGGCCUGGGGUGUGAAAGUGGAGAGGGUGGAGAUCAAGGAUGUCCGCUUGCCUAUACAACUGCAGCGCGCAAUGGCGGCUGAAGCAGAGGCAGCUCGUGAGGCUACGGCAAAAGUGAUAGCUGCCGAAGGCGAGAUGCGUGCCUCCUCGGCGCUCAAGUUUGCCGCACUGGAGAUCAGUCAGCAUCCUAUAGCUGUACAAUUGCGCUAUCUUCAGACUCUCAACACCAUCAGUCUGGGCAAGAAAUCUACCAUUGUCUUCCCCAUCCCCAUUGAAAUGCUCAAGUUCUUUAUAGGGACCGGAGAGAAUAUACCGGAACACCUGCUGCAGGGUCUCAGUCCAACAAUGCAGGCGUCGCAGCCUCGAGAUGAUGAUCUUUCCAGUAUAUCCAACGAACAUGUUUAA